AACUCAAUCUCAACGAAAUUCCCGCCAUCUCUCUCUCUGUCUCUCUCUCUCUCCAUAUAAAAUACAGACGUUCCUUCCAGAAUAGCUAUUGUGUUCUCCUAAGUAUGGAAGGAAAGCCAUGAAAGCUGAGAAAACUCAGAGCAGAACGUUGAGGAGGAAACCACUCUCUGACUGCAGUAACGUAGUCCACAAUCGUAUCUCCUCUUCUCAGAGUAAACCCAGAAAGCCUUCUCUCAGUAUAAAAGAAGCAGAUGAGAGUUCCCUCAAGCAUGAUUCCAGCGUCGGAUCCUACAAUGUUGAAAACCCUAGUGUUGAACCUCAACCUUCGACUCCUCCGAAUCGAAGAUCCCUAGCUGCUUCUGGCACCGUUGGUCGAGAGAAUUCCGGUAUCAUUUCAACUUACAGUCGAAAGCGGAAUUUAGAGGCACGGAAGGAUAAGGGGAAAGCAGUUGCUCCCAAAAUGCCAGUCAGUUGUCCUCCUGUGGUGAGAGUCAGGAAUCUUGGGAAUAAGCUGAAUGAAGAACAUGGUGAUGCUGGUCAAUCCAAAACUAGUGUGGCUUCCCAUCCAAAAAGCAAAAAGCAUUUCUCACUUCCACAAGAUUUUAUCGACCAGCAGAAGGCAUACUUUGCAGAGAUCGAUGCACUUGAACUGCCAGAGGAGUUUGAAUCAGACAGUGACAAGUAACAAAUUCACAUGAACCAAAUUUCCCAUAUGAUUCCAAUGUAGUUUUAGAACAGGGGAUUCUGGCAGAACCCCGUUUACUCAAUGUAUUUUUCACCGACGUAUGCAGUCCUAACUGUAACUAAUCCAUGGAACCACUGGAGUUCUAAU